AUGGCGAAAAACCUACGGCGCCGAAAUGUCCAGGGUCAAGAUGAAGAUACGAAAACGAACGAGAGCGAUGAUAUUUCAAGGGAGGAAAUCUCAGCGACCGACCCGACAACGCACGUUCGGGUUGUCGAGCACGCCGUUCCAAAGACUCGGAAGCGCCGCAAUACCUUCAUUUUCUUUCUUGGUAGUUUGUUUGGAAUAAUAGCCGCCGGUUUUUUUGCUUCCAGCAAUGACCUUAUCGACCUUCCCGAGUUCACCGACUUGUCCAUGGACAACCUAUUAGAUGCUCUGCCAGCUGGAUUGGUCAAGGACAUACGCGAUCUGAUCCAAGGCGAGCGCGACUUUGCAGAAUCAUAUGAGCCUUUCUCUGUCGGAACCAAAGCACGGGCUGAAGGUCUUGAAGCACACCAUCCCAUGAUUAUGAUACCAGGCGUUAUUUCGACUGGACUCGAGUCUUGGGGAACCGCCAAUAUCUCAAAGGCUUACUUCAGGAAGCGGCUUUGGGGAAGUUGGACCAUGAUGAAAGCCUUGGUCAUGGACAAGGAGGUCUGGAAGAAGCAUGUGAUGCUCGAUAAGAGGACGGGACUGGAUCCGCCAAACGUCAAAUUAAGAGCUGCUCAGGGCUUUGAUGCCACCGAUUUCUUCAUCACAGGUUAUUGGAUUUGGAGCAAGAUCUUUGAGAAUCUUGCUUCGGUUGGCUACGACCCGACAAACUCCUUCACAGCUGCUUAUGAUUGGCGCUUGUCCUACCCGAACCUCGAGGUGCGAGACCGAUAUUUCACCCGACUCAAAUCACACAUCGAAGUGGCGCUGGAGGUGGACAACAGAAAAGUUGUCUUAGCAUCACACAGCAUGGGCAGUCAGGUCUUGUUCUACUUCUUCCACUGGGUGCAAUCAGAGAGGGGGGGCCGUGGUGGUCAGGACUGGGUUGAGCGACACGUCGAGGCUUGGAUCAACAUUAGCGGAUGUAUGCUCGGGGCAGUCAAGGAUUUGACUGCUGUCCUGUCUGGUGAGAUGCGCGAUACCGCCCAGUUGAACCCCUUUGCGAUCUACGGACUGGAAAAGUUCCUGAGCAAGGAAGAGAGGGCUGAAAUUUUCCGCGGCAUGCCCGGUAUAUCAUCUAUGCUACCCAUUGGUGGCAACGCUGUCUGGGGCAAUCUGACAUGGGCCCCAGAUGACUUGCCAGGCCAGAAUCGUUCGUACGGAUCUUUAUUAAACUUCAGAGUUGGGUCGAACUGGACAACCCCUGAUCGUAACUUCACUGUUGAGGAGGGCUUGUCCUACUUACUCAAUACGACCGAGGAUUGGUACCAGGAUCAGCUCAAGGGCAGUUAUUCUCGUGGUAUUGCUCACACUAUUGCCGAAGUCGAAGCCAAUGAGCUGGACCCCAAGAAAUGGAUCAACCCUCUCGAGACCAGACUACCACUUGCACCUAGCCUCAAAAUCUACUGCUUCUAUGGCGUCGGGAAGCCUACUGAGCGAGGAUACUACUACAGGUCCCCUGACCAGCCUCUGAUGACGAACCUCAACAUCACCAUGGACACGGGCUUUACCGAAGGAGACGUCGAUCAUGGUGUUAUAAUGGGUGAGGGCGACGGGACUGUGAACCUCCUCAGCACAGGUUACAUGUGCAAUCAUGGCUGGAACAUGAAACGCUACAAUCCAGCAGGUGUCAAGGUCACAGUCGUUGAAAUGCCCCAUGAGCCAGAACGUUUCAACCCUCGCGGAGGACCUCGCACAGCUGACCACGUCGACAUCUUGGGGCGAUACAACCUGAACGAGCUGUUGCUGCGGGUGGCUGGUGGAAAAGGUGAUACGAUUACGAACUAUGUUGUCAGCAAUAUUAAAGAAUAUGCAUCUAGAGUCAAGAUUUAUGAUGAUCACCACGAAGAGAACGAGGAGGAAAAGAGGAAAUCAUAG